AUGGUGCCUCUUGUAUUUAUUUUAUCAAGUUUUGCGCUCGCUCUGAUAACAAGUUUUUAUAUUAAACUUCGAUAUUUCAAUUAUUGGCAGAAGAAAGGUGUACCUCACGUAAAACCGAUUCCCGUGUUUGGUAAUUACAAAGAUUAUAUCAUUCUAAAUAAAACAAUAACUGAUGUUGUGAAUAAAAUAUGUGAGAAAUUCCCAAAAGAACCUUAUGUAGGUGCAUUCUAUGGAACGAAUCCUACUUUAAUAGUUCGCGAUCCUGAGUACGCAAAGUUAGUUUUAGCCAAAGACUUUUAUUACUUCCAUAGUAGAGAAAAUGGUGAAUAUUCAAAAAGCGAAGCACUUACUCGUAAUAUCUUUUUCGCCAGCGGCGACAGUUGGAAGAUCGUACGCCAAAACAUGACACCUUUCUUUACUUCGGCGAAAAUGAAGAAGAUGUUUUAUAUAAUCGAAGAAUGUAACACUGCUCUAGAGACAUUCAUGGACGAAGCUGCGAAAUUACCGCAAGUUGAGGUGAGAAACAUAAUGGCAAGAUACACUAUAGACUGCAUAGGAAGGUGUGCUUUCGGAAUCAAUCCAAAUGCUUUGUCCAGUAAAGAGGAAAGUAAUCCCUUCCGAGACAUAGGUUACAAGAUUUUUGAACCUUCCACAGUUAGAGGUCUGAAAUUAAUUGGACGUGCCAUCUGGCCAGAUUUUUUCUAUAAACUAGGCUUCAAAGCGUUCCCUGAUGAAAUACUGAAUUUCUUUGACACUUUACUCUUGAAUGUAUUAAAUCAACGUCAACACAAAAAUUCAGGUGGCAAUACCUUCAUAGACCUCGUACUGGGGUUUAAGGAAAAUAAGUAUAUAACAGGAGAUAGUAUUUUAAGCUUAAAAGGUGAGAUGAAAAAAACAUCUUUGGAAGUGGAUGAUGAACUUCUCUGUGCCCAGUGCUUUGUAUUCUUUGGAGCUGGAUUCGAAACAUCAGCUACCACAUUGUCUUUCCUCUUGUACGAACUUGCAAAGAAUCCGGACAAGCAAAAGCUGGCUGUAGAAGAAGUUGAUAACUAUUUGAAGAAAAAUAAUAAACUGUUCUACGAAUGUGUAUCUGAGACCCCGUAUUUAGAGGCUUGUAUGAACGAAACCAUGCGUCUGUACCCAGUUCUUGGUGUAAUCACGCGCGAAGUGGUCGAAGACUACACCUUACCGACAGCAUUAACCAUCAAUAAAGGCUCCCGUGUCCAUGUGGCAGUGCACCAUCUUCACCACCAUCCAGAAUUGUUUCCUGACCCUGAAGUAUUUAGGCCAGAAAGAUUCUUAGGUGAAGAAAAGGCUAAAAUUGUACCUUUCUCCUUUUUGCCAUUUGGAGAAGGACCAAGGAUAUGCAUAGGCAUACGAUUCGCAAAGAUGCAAGCGACAGCUGGACUCAUCACGAUUUUGAAGAAAUACGAAGUACGCUUAGCGGAUGAUACCCCAAUGCAGUUGGAAAUCGAGCCUCGAGUAAUUGUGACACAGCCAAAGACACCAGUUAACCUUAAGUUUGUACUUAGAAAGAAAUGA